UGCGAAUUUCAGCUGUAGCAAAAAAGUAAAGCGUCUUGCAAAAAUUUGUAUGUGCAAAUUCACGCAUAAAUAAAUAAUAACGACAGAAAUGCCUGCAUUUUGUGCUGUACAAAAUUGCGGCGAUAAAUAUGGACAUGCAGAUAAUAUUUCCUUCCACAAAUUUCCCUUGAAGCGACAGGAGCUGAUGCAGAAAUGGCUUGAUUUCUCCCAACGCGGUCCCGACUGGCAACCAUCGAAAUGGAGUGCUAUUUGUAGCCGCCAUUUUCGUGAUGAGGACUUCAAUUGUUCGGCUGACCGUAGGAUAUUAAAAAAGACGGCCGUGCCUUGUGUACCUGUGUCAAAGCAUUUGCAAGGCACAGAAAACGCCAACAUUCCCGCUCAACAUAAUGAAGAAAUGUCCAAGGAAAGCGGAUUGCAGCAAACUAAGGAAAAAGUGCCCACAGCAUGCGCCAAACCCAGUACAGAUGCAUUGGAGGAGGGUUGCGAAGAUUUCGAAGAAGAGGAUGAACGCCGAUUGCGGAGCGCACAUUUGCCAAAUUCGCCGAGUGCGCCGAAAAUUAAAUGCCGUUUGUGUGGCAGCGCCUGCUUAUCUGUGGUGUCUUUUUCAACGAAUUUCGAAAUUUAUGGUAUGAUACAAAAAUGCUUUCCCACACUCAAUAUACAAAAGGAUGAUCAUUUGCCAAAGGAAAUGUGUCGCGUGUGCCUUAAACGUCUAGAAAGUUUUUCACGCUUCGUGGACAAAGUGCUCGAAACGCAGAGUGAGUUGCAACGAAAAUACCGUACAGAAAAGGCGAACAAUAGCGCACGUACCGUGGAGCGACAGCUUAAGGUGAAGCAAGAGCCCGUGGUGCGUGUGAAGCAAGAAGUUGCGGAGGGACUUGAGAGUUUUUUGUCCGACGAUUUGGAUAUGGGCGUGGAUGAAGCUUGCGAUCAGGAGCAGGAAACUGAAUCUAAUGUUGAACAUAAAUAUGAUUUCUGUGAUUUUCCAAUGUUGAAUGCUCAAGAUAUCAUAAAUAAUUGUGAUAUAAUGGAGAUCAUCAAUUUAGACGAUCCAUUUAUAAACAUACCAGAUGAUGAUGCGAACACGAAUUGUGAAAAUGGCUCACAUGCGCAGCAGGACCAAGAUCGGGAGCACACAAAACGACGGCAACAGCCAGAUAAACGACCUUUACCUAGUGCGCAUGAGUUAUUGCAGACGCACUUGCUCAGCGAAGAACACAAUUAUGCGUAUACGGCGGAGGAUUUGAAAGAGGAAUGGCAAUUGAAAAAUAUUUAUAAGACAGAGAAGACCGAAGGUGGCGAUUAUGGAGAGAGCGUCGAAUAUAUGGCAAAUGUGGAACCUGAAGAUGAUGAACAAGCGGGCUAUGUAGGAGAUGAUCAUCAGCAAGGUGAAAAUGAUGAUACCACGGACAUGUAUAAAGAAAAUUAUCCGCCUACCAGCAGGUUAGAAACCACUAAUGCAGACACCGAUAAACUGUCCGGCACCGAAUCAACAACUUCAAUAUCACCUGCGACCGAGACACGUUCAACGAGACCAAUAGUCACUUCAGUAAGCGAACUUGCAGAGGCAUCAGUAACUUUGCCCAAUGGUGCAGCCACUGAUACAGUUCGUAACGAAAAACUGGUGGUGACUGCAGUAAAUGACAUUUCAGCACCAACUACCGACAAUGCCGCUACCUCAGCGGUAGCAAGUAUUUCAUCAUCAUCCUCAGUUGCAAAUAAAACGCAUGCCAAACCAAAUAUUGUUGUGCUGAAUGAAAGCAUUGUCAAAUCUUCAUCUGUCUUCCAACUGCAUACAUGCCAUUGUUGCCAUUUGAAGUUCUUCAGUGUCGAGUCACUAAAUCAACACUAUAACGUAGCGCAUCAGUCACAAACACAAGUUGAUCAAGGAUCGCAGUUGCAUCCAGAGCAGCAGAAGCUGCAGGGAGAGCAAGCGCAACAGCAGCAGCAGCAGCAAAUGCAGCAGAUGCAUGACCCAUAUAAUCAGCAGCAACAAAACAUGGUGACGCAAAAUCAUUAUCAGCAACAUCAGCAACCACAACCAGAGCAAUUACCGAUGGUUAGUGUGCCAGCUGAGUAUCUUUGGAAGCCUUACGGUGCGGGUAAUGAUGUCAGUAGUGAGGCGCUUAACUAUAAUUGCAAAUUGGAAAAGGAAUUUAGUUUACCGACUGUGCAGCCGGAUAGAACACAAAAGGCAGAAGAUUGUCUUACCUAUCAACAGCCUAAUGUGUUUGGACAGCUGUUGGGAUUUGCCAAUCCAAACCCAACAAAGAAUACAUUCAUAACGCCAAAUUUCGCCGGAAAAGAUCCGUCUUCCAUUGGCGCACCGAACGUAGUAAGAAUUCUGGAAAUGAAGCGCACAUUUCUGCGACAGCAUGAACCGUACAGCAGCAUUGAUAACGUUUCGUCCGAUUAUGGCAAAAUACCCACCAACAGCAAUGAUCCAACCAAAUCCGGCAACUUUAGCGCCACUAAUGUACACCGAACGGAAAAUCAGUUGAAAACUACUGCGCCUGCGACACCACCGCCGCCACAAAAGCGUCGCAAGCAUAGCAUGAAAAUAAAUAGCAGCGUAAUAGCACGCCUUAGUGCGCUUGAACGCAAAGUGAGCGCCGCAGCUGCGCCGGACUCUAUAGCUGCUGAGUAUCGACAUUUGCGUCGGCGCUACAUGAUGCUGCAGCGUAAAUAUAAAUGUCUGUCGGUGCAAAUGCAUGGGAAGCACUGCAGGGCCGCUACCAAUGCCAAUGUCGCAUCCUCACCCGUCAACUCUUUUGCGCCCACAAAAAAGCAAACAGCGAAGAAAGUGAAAUUUUGCUUUCGCUGUCGCAUUUGCCUGGCACAAUUCAAGAGCAUUUACCACUUACUGCGGCACAGACACGCACGCAAACAUUGGCCGCCCAAACACGCGCCCAAACAUUUUGCCGCCACUUGCUGUGGCUGUGAGAAAUUCUUUCGACACAAAAUCGCCCUACACAAUCACAUGCGCUAUAUUUGCCAAGCGCUGCCGUUGUGCUGGUUCAAAUUGCAAAUGCGCACAUUUAAAUGCCGUUGCUGUCGGCGCAACACAUUUAAUCACUGGCGCCUCUAUCGACGGCACGAAGUCAGAUGCAAAUUAGCCCGGCAACGCAAAAAACAAGCAGGUCAAAUUCAUCAAAGUCCUGCAAACAGGAAACAACGUGGAAGGAGAGCGCGCACCUUGCCGCCCAACAUAAGCAACACAGGUCGAACUUCUCGCACUGUGCCCGCAAAGUGCAAACAGCAAACAUCGUCACCGCGUGAGUAUAUCUGUCCAAUAUGCGCCAAAGUGUUCGCUUCAGCCAACAGUCUCAACCAGCACAGCAUCACACACACCGAUCAAAGGCGCCACCAGUGCCGCUUGUGUGCGCGUGCCUUCAAGCGUCGCAAUGGGUUAACACAGCAUGUGCGCGGUUUCCAUCUGCAGCUAAAGCCGCAUACCUGCACUGUAUGCCAGCGCUCCUAUGCUCUCAAGAGUGAUAUGCUACGUUGCCGUCAUGCGGCGGUCAAACGGGCCAACAGUGGCAUAGCGCAGAAGAAGAAUCAAAGCGCAAACAGCGCAAAGGGGCGAAAGUAACUACGACUACCGAGGGUGGCGUUAAUAAAGUAUUGUUUAUGUUAGUAAAGAUAGUUAAGUGAGAUAGUUAAAGUGAGAUAAGUUAAGUGUAUUUAUUGUAAAUCCAUUGUUAGCGUAUUUUUAUAUUUGUAUUAAAUAUAAAUCAUAAAUUUAGGUUUUCAUUAAGGGGUUACAUGGGCUUCGUCGGGUAAAAAAGGCCUAUUUUCAAUAUUUUUUUUUCUAUGUAAAAAAUUAUUUAUUUAAUUCAAACUUUUUUCUGUCUUAUAGAUACAUAUUUAAAGAAUGAUUUCUGAACUUUUCAAAAAAUAAAACUUCUCCAUUGUGACGUCAUUUCCGGUGACCCCUCGAAAAAAGGUGUGUUCGCGUUGUCAGCAUAACUCCUGACAGGAUCAUCAAAAAUGAAAAAACAAAACUAAGUGUUUUAGUU